GUCUAGCCACCAAGCCCAGCUUUCCUCCAGUGCGCAGCCCCGACGGGGCCGUGGCAGGCGCAGCGAGAACGCCGACGGAGCCAUGAGAGAGUACAAAGUGGUGGUGCUGGGCUCGGGCGGCGUGGGCAAGUCCGCGCUCACGGUGCAGUUCGUGACCGGCUCCUUCAUCGAGAAGUAUGACCCCACCAUCGAGGACUUCUACCGCAAAGAGAUUGAGGUGGACUCAUCGCCGUCGGUGCUGGAGAUCUUGGAUACGGCGGGCACGGAGCAGUUCGCAUCCAUGCGGGACCUGUACAUCAAAAAUGGCCAGGGCUUCAUCCUCGUGUACAGCCUUGUUAACCAGCAGAGCUUCCAGGACAUCAAGCCCAUGCGGGACCAGAUCAUCCGCGUGAAGCGGUACGAGCGCGUGCCCAUGAUUCUGGUGGGCAACAAGGUGGACCUGGAGGGCGAGCGCGAGGUUUCAUUCGGCGAGGGCAAGGCCCUGGCGGAGGAGUGGAGCUGCCCCUUCAUGGAGACUUCGGCCAAAAACAAAGCCUCGGUGGACGAGCUGUUCGCCGAGAUCGUGCGGCAGAUGAACUACGCGGCGCAGCCCAACGGUGAUGAGGGCUGCUGCUCGGCCUGCGUGAUCCUCUGAGGCGCCCGCGGCUGCCGCGCGACAGCCGCGCUCUCCGCACAAAAGCCAAACGCACCCGACUCUUCUAAAUGUGAUUUCUCUUCUUGCUUUGAGAUUGAGGAUGACUUUGCAUCGGCUGGGGGGUCUUGGCGCCCGACUGGCCGCGGUGGCCUCGUCCCCCGCCUCUCCCCGGUUUCCUAGGGGCUGUCCCGUCAGGACCAUCCGAGUCCCGGUGGAAAUGUGGAUCUUUUGCAGCAUGUACGUUUCUCAUUGAUUUUGGUUGACGCAUAUUUCCCCAUUGAAGCAGCCCAUGGGGCCCUGUAUUGGCGG